CCGGCAGCUGAUCUCAGCCACCCGUCUCGGCUUUGCACAUCAACCACCAUCUCUACUCAUCAAGAAUACCAGACUAUCAUACUCUACCUUUCUAUACUCGUCCCACCCACACAUGCCUCAAAGUCCCAAGAUAUUGUCGAAGGAGGACUUGCCAACGUCCGAGGCGAAAUGGGUAGCCCUGAAGAAACUCUACUGGAGCGACCAGGAAGGCAAACAAAGAACAUGGGAAUGCGCUGAGCGGACGACUAGAGGCUCGUCUGGAAUUGAUGCGGUCGCCAUCCUUGCGAUACUGCGCUCGGAGAGCAAUGCGUUCCAGCCGUCAACCGUGAUCAUAGAACAGUAUCGUCCACCGGUAGACAAAUACGUCAUUGGCAAAUGUAGAGACGUUCUAAUCGUACGCGUAGGUUUAAUCGACGAGGGUGAGACAGCCGAAGAGGCUGCGAUCCGUGAACUUCAAGAGGAGACAGGCUUCAAGGCGUCCAAGGUCCUCGACUCGUCGCCCUGCAAGUUUGGACCCUGGUUCGCGCAUGAUGGGAACGGUCUUACUGCAGGCAUGACAACCGCCAACAUGAAGCUCGUCGCAGUGGACGUUCCUUUCCCGGACAAGCUCGAGCAGUCGGCGCAGAAGCUAGAGCCGGGUGAGUACAUCACAGCGAGGAUCGUCGAGCUCGCAAAAUUGGCGGAUGAGCUGAAAGAGUACGAGAAGAAGGUUUGGAUGUGCGUCACGGCUCACGCUCAUUGUCGCUCACUUUCGCUUUACAUCAAGGGCUUUGUCGUCGACGCGCGGCUGUCGCACUUCGCGAUCGGUAUCGAGAUGGCGAGAGACUCAGGCAGUCGAAGCUGUGAUACGGAGGUUUCUCGUUACAAUUGAAAGCAGGACAAGAUACACACAUCGUCAUAACGUACAAUACACCGCAAUAGCGCAAGCAGGAGUGCCCUUCCAAGAUCUUGCAACACAAGGGAACACGCUCCGGACGUACUCCCUUGACUUACCCGCGUUCCGUGCUAUCACAGCAAGGCUGCUGCCUCGUCCACAAGCUGAUCGAAGGACACCGUGCUGCCUUGCAGUGCCUGCACGCGUACUCAUACGCCUUCUCCCACAGACCUGCCCAUAUGUCCAUCUGAUCGGCCGCCUUCGUCUUCAGGUAUGCAAUUGCUAUGGCUGUCGCCCAGAUCUGUUCGCUCUGCGGUUGCGACUGAAUCGAGACGGGCGCUGUGUCUACGACGGUCCCCGAUAUAACCUUGUCGCCAAACACUAGCUUCCGGAGUGCGUCAUUCAGCUGGAAGGAUCCGUCGAACGAUUGUAGUCGGGCGAUAGCCGUGGUGGGAUCGUCCGGGAAAGUCGACUC